GGGCACCCUACCAAUCACACAGCAUUCUCUUCGAGGAACCUGGGCUCUUUAAAGCCCAGCAGAGGUAGGCGAAAGAGGCUUUUUCAGGUCUUCAGGUGGGUCAGGAUUUCUGCUGGGAAGCAUCACGAGAAGGGAGGGGUUGCAUAAAGAUGGCAAAAAGUGAUGAUGGCAUGCGCAUCUUGCAGGGUCUAUUAGUCUUUGGAAAUGUGAUCAUUGGGAUGUGUGGCAUUGCCCUGACAGCAGAGUGCAUCUUCUUUGUGUCUGAUCCGCAUGGUCUCUACCCCCUGCUGGAAGCCACAGAAAACGAUGACAUCUAUGCUGCUGCGUGGAUUGGAAUCUUUGUUGGUUUUGCACUCUUUGCUCUGUCUAUCCUUGGUAUCAUUGGAGUCAUCAAAUCCAGCAGGACCUUACUGCUGGUGUAUAUUAUUCUGAUGCUGAUCACUUAUGCCUUUGAAAUGGCUUCCUGCAUCACAGCAGCAACCCACCGAGACUUCCUCACUCCAAAUCUCUUCCUGAAGCAAAUGCUGGAGAGGUAUCAGAAGUCAGAGACAGACAAUAACAAUGACAAAUGGAUGUCUGAAGGGGUCACAAAGACAUGGAAUAAACUCAUGCUUCAGAACCAGUGCUGCGGUGUGCAGGGCCCCUCCGACUGGCAAGAGUAUACGUCUGCCUUCCGUGUCACGCACAGCGAUGCUGACUUCCCUUGGCCACGCAAUUGCUGUGUGUUGGAUGCCCGAGGUUCUCCUGUCAAUCUUGAUGGCUGCAAGCUUGGAGUCCCUGGUUACUAUAACAGCAACGGUUGUUAUGAUGCUAUUUCUGGGCCACUGAACACACAUGCCUGGGGUGUUGCCUGGUUUGGUUUUGCCAUUCUCUGCUGGACUUUCUGUGUCCUCCUUGGUACCAUGUUCUACUGGAGCAGAAUUGGAUACUGAAGGCCCAGUGUCCUCAGCACUGUCCUGAAGCACUGUGUGAAACUGCAUUCAUCUGUCUCCUGCUUCAUAGUCCUGUGUCAUGGAGGAUUUGAAGUUUUCCCACUACCUCUCCCAUAUAUACUUUUGCCCCUGCAAAAAUUUGACACACAGAGCUGAUGACUGCAAGAGAGAAUCUUCUUAUCUCUUCUUUGUCCCUUGUUCUGCAGCCUUAAUGCCUCCUGGCUGAGGCACAAUCCUUCCUUCACUGUGCAAGAAAUCCUUGGAGCAAAUGAUAAGAAGUGAUCUGAUUUGUUCUCUUAUGGCAUCAGAAAGGAAAAGGUCCAUAUACGCUUGCUCCAGAAAAAUGUUUUUCUAAAGCUAGGUUGAAUGUAAAUCAUAAUGACAAAGGCUCCGGCAAGAGCUACAUGAGCAAAACUUCAACCUCCCAUGACCAAUAAAGACGAUGCUGCAAGGGAGAAGACUACAGACCUCUCUAAUGCGUUUUAUUGUUCAACUUCUGUUCCUGGUCUCUGAAACCGCUUGCCUUAGGAUAAGGCAGAUUCUCCAAGAGUUUAAGUGUGUCUGCUGUAAAGACAUGUCACAGAUAUAAAGCCUGUUGCCAGUCAAGCCCAAUAAAAGGCUAGCUCACUCCUCAGCAAUAUGCUGCCUAUAUUCAAGCCUAUCUCCUGUCACUGAUGAAACUACUGUGUGCGCUCCUAUCUUCAGAAGUGCCAGUCCAGAAAAAGCUCCUCUUACUAACAAGCGACUCCUUCAAAAAGCUGUCAUGUUCUUCACACAAGUUUUCAUACAUCUACAGGCUGGAACUUGUGCAGAAUACAAGUGGCCAUGUGCUGUAGUUCACUUUGUGAAUGUGGCUGUCCCAUAUCCCUAGGUUACUAUGCUUCUUGCUUCAGCUACCUGCAUGUAUAUGGUUACGUUCCCUAUGUACUUCCCUUCCUAAUCUCCAGAUCAGGCAGAACAAACAGCAAAUAAUGGCAAUGAGUAACUCUUGUGAAAAAUGCGAGCGAGAAGCUAACUGAACCAAAUCUAGUCAUUGAAUCUGCAGUUACAAUUCUCACUCAGUUAAACAAAGGCUGUUUACUUUGGCCCAGACUUUUCUGGUGUCUUUCCUAGUGAACAAUUCAGCAGUUACAGGUGUUAUGUGAAAUAUGCUCCCUGUAUAGAACAUGUUAAGGUGAAGUCUUUUCCUAAGGUUUACUGGUUCAGGUCCUGACACUUGCCAGCUGCCUUGAUUCUUUCGUUUUUGUAUAUUCACCAAAAUACCAAUUAAAAAGAAUUCAAGUGAAUUUUUUUUUGUUCAAGAUUUUGUGUUUGGGAAGGGGAAAUCAUAAAGGUCUGGAUCUGGUACAUCUGGGGCAUUGCCAAGGCAGGUUACACAGUCCUGUGACCCAUCCUCAAGAUCGGAGUGCAAAGCACCAUGCUACAAAAGCUCUGUAGCUGAAUAGUCUCUUGCUAGGGUACUGUGGGAGAGAAAGAGGCAGCUAUGAGAGCGAACAGCUUGAAGAAGAAACAGCUCCUUCCAACACGGAGCAGUUUUGCUGAAUGUGUAUGCCUUUGGAAAGGAAAAUCCAUGUAGAUCAGCCACUCCGCUUGGUCAGUGGGGUUGUGUCUGUCUUGGAGAGCAUGAACUAUCAGUAAUUUCCAUAAGGAAUUUAAUCUUCAGCACUUUCUUGUAAGACGCGAAGACAUGGAUGGAUCAUGAGGACUGUGUAUGGAAGUGGUCUGGGUUUGGUUUUUAAUUAUUUUUGUGUGUGUAUGUUGCUGAAAGCUACAGUAACACAUAAAUCUAAAGAAAUCUGAAGAGAAUCAAUGCCUGCCUAAAUUAGGCAGAAAUAAUAAAAACUCCAUUCUGUGCUACUUACCAUGAACUACAAAUCCCUGGCGACUGCAACAGCAGAGAGGAGAGAAAUUGGGGAGGAGGGACAGUGCAGGCACAUAGCCUCUGUCCUUGUUUGGCCAAACCCCUACAAUCUCUCCUCAGGUCAUGGCAGCCUUUGUGGGUAGCUGCACACCUCCAUAAAGGUGUCUUGCUCUAGUUAUUUCUGAAACCCAAGUAGCUCUGCAGAUGGGUGAAACAACUGGCUAUGGGACUUUCUAGAGACUAGUAAGGCCUUCUGCAUACAGACGUGUCUGGAGACAUGGCCUAUGGAAAACUUAAGGACAGCAGAAGUGGAUAAUUUCAAAUAUUAUCUUCCUUUUCUGAUUUUUUGCUUUGGACCCAGAGGUCUCUUCCUUCCUGCUGAAUGUGGUAUGAUUAUAGCACUGUACUCAAUAUA